AAGGGGAAGGGGGCUGGGCCUCGUUUCCAACCCUUGGAAGUUUCUCCUUUCCUCUCUCUCUCUCUGUCUCUCGUCUCCGCCCUCUUCCCUCAUCGCCUCGCCGCAUUCGCAUCUCCGGAUCCCAGUCGCUCACCUCGCCGCUGCCCUCCGCGUCCUCGCCAUUCCCGCCUCCUCCUCCCGCCUUCCGUCUCGAUCUCGCCUCGUUUCCCCGCGCCGAUUCGUCUCGUCUCGCGCGGCUGGGAUGGCUAGGGGCGGCGGCUGCCCGGGCCUGCGCGGGUGAUCUCUCUCGCGCGGGGAGCCCUCUCGCGCCGCACGUGGAGGAUCCCGUCGCGGCUGGUGCCUUUCCUUCGCGCUGCUCGAUUCUAGGGUUUGCUCCUUCCUGCCUGGGGGGAUUCGAUCCCCUCCCCUCCGAUUGCUCCCCCUCCGCGCCCACUCGCCAUGUUUUCGCACGGCGCUGAUUCCGCCCACGACGCCGGGGGCGUUGGCGUCAGCAGUGGUGGAGCCACCGUCCCAACGAGGUUCGUCUGGCCCUACGGCGGGAAGAGGGUCUUUUUAUCAGGCUCCUUUACGAGGUGGUCAGAGCAUUUGCCAAUGUCUCCUGUUGAAGGCUGUCCCACCGUAUUUCAAGCUAUUUGCAGCCUGUCUCCUGGUGUUUACCAGUACAAGUUCUUUGUGGACGGGGAGUGGCGGCAUGAUGAGCGGCAACCAACUAUAACAGGAGACUAUGGGGUGGUUAACACUUUGUACUUGACAAGGGACAUUAACCAAAUAAACACAGUAUUGAGCCCAAGCACACCUGGAAGCAGGAUGAACAUGGAUGUGGACAAUGAAAAUUUUCAGCGUACGGUUUCAUUGUCGGAUGGCGCCCUUCAGGAUGGUCAUCAAAGAGUUUCAGAGGCUUCCAUACAGAUCUCUAGGUGUCAGGUUUCUGAGUAUCUGAGUUUGCAUACUGGAUAUGAUUUACUUCCCGAUUCGGGCAAGGUCAUUGCUCUGGACAUUAAUUUACCUGUGAAGCAAUCUUUUCAUAUCCUGCAUGAACAGGGAAUUCCUGUAGCUCCUCUGUGGGAUUCAUACAGAGGUCAGUUUGUUGGCCUUCUGAGCCCAUUGGAUUUUAUACUUAUAUUGAGAGAGCUUGAAACUCAUGGCUCGAACUUGACAGAGGAACAGCUUGAAACACACACUAUAUCUGCAUGGAAAGAGGCUAAGCGGCAAACUUAUGGAAGAAACGAGGGUCAGUGGCGACCACAACAGCAUCUGGUGCAUGCCACGCCUUAUGAUUCCUUGCGGGACAUUGCUCUAAAGAUAUUGCAAAAUGGCAUUUCGACAGUUCCAGUUAUUUACUCACCGUCAUCAGAUGGAUCAUUUCCACAGCUGUUGCAUCUUGCAUCCCUUUCUGGAAUUUUGAAAUGUAUCUGUAGAUAUUUUAAAAACUCUACUGGUAAUUUGCCUAUACUGAACCAACCAGUGUGCACAAUUCCGCUGGGUUCCUGGCUUCCAAAAAUUGGCGAUCCAAAUGGCCGUCCAUUGGUUAUGUUGCGACCUAAUGCAUCACUUAGCUCUGCCCUUAACUUGUUGGUUCAAGCUGGAGUUAGCUCAAUACCGAUUGUGGAUGAGAAUGACUCGCUGCUUGACACAUAUUCCAGAAGUGACAUAACAGCUCUAGCAAAAGACAAGGUCUACACUCGUGUUCGCCUUGAUGAGAUGACCAUUAAUCAGGCUUUGCAGCUUGGACAGGAUGCUAAUACACCUUUUGGAUUUUUUAACGGGCAGAGAUGCCAGAUGUGCCUCCGGUCUGAUCCCUUGCUGAAAGUGAUGGAGCGACUGGCUAACCCUGGGGUGCGGCGAGUCUUCAUUGUGGAAGCUGGUAGCAAGCGUGUGGAAGGCAUAAUAUCACUGAGUGACAUUUUCAAGUUCUUGCUGAGCUUGUGAGAAUGCCGAGCCGUCAUCGUCAUCUCUGUUUUGUUGUGGCAAGUGCCAGAGUUAACAGUUGCAAACAGGUGUCAAGCCGCCAUGGAUCUCUGGCUUUUGGAUAUGACAGGAUUGGAGGCUUGUCUUUCCAGAUAAUGGCCAUUCAGGGAUCUGUAAAGUUCCUUUUUUUUUUCCUGUCCCUUUGUUACCAAAAUAUCCGGUGAUUUUUAUUUAUUGAAUUGUUUUCCUGCUUGCUCGGUUUCCGAGUCCCUAGGGACAGGAGGUUAGCUAGCUUUACAUAGUUGUUCCAGAUAGUGCUGCUAGAGACUUGCUGGCAUCGAAGAGAAGAAUUAGAGGCGGGACGGGACGGUUCCAAAAUUGAUUCUGUACCUGUAGUGAGUAGAGGCCGUGUGUUGGUUUGCUCAACAACCGUGUUCGUUGGGCAGCUCUGGAACAAUGGAAGGAGGAAUUAUCAGAUGCUUGCUAUGCUCUUUUAGAUUUCGGAACAGGCGACUUUUUUUACUGGACCAAA